AAAACAUAAAGGGGAUAUUUUGCUUUUUGAUAUCACAAGUACUUUGAGAAUAAAAAAACAGCUGUGAUGUUUUCAGGAUCAGAUUGGCUGAGACAUGCACCAAGUUACACUCCACUAUAGGUCCUACAUAUAUCAAUAAAACUUGGAGUAUGUUAAUAUCUCAAAGCCAGGUCAUUAACAGCGCCAAUGUCAACCUAAAAUGUGAUAAUCUGAGCAGGAUAAGUUUAAGGUUGUGUGGCAGGAUGUACUGAAAAAACACACUGACUUGCUCGAUAACCCCCUCCCUCAUGCUUUCAAUCUCAGUCACACCCAUUCAGACCAUGUUUCCUGCCUCCUCCACAGAUCUGCAAGUUUACUGAUGGGUACAACCAACAUGUCGUGCAGUGCAACUGAUCUCAAGCCCCAUUCAACAAUUAACAGUGAGGAAAUGCAGCUCAGUUUUGGUGUGGAUCAGUUUCCUUUCAUGAGAAAAUGAAACUGUUUGGUGAAAUGGCGCAGCGAGGAGUUCAGCUGGACCAGGACAAACUCUGCUGUUCAAUCUGUCUGGAUUUACUGAAGGAUCCAGUGAGUAUUCCCUGUGGACACAGCUACUGUAUGAACUGCAUUAAAAGUCACUGGGAUGAAGAGGAUCAGAGAGUCCACAGCUGUCCUCAGUGCAGACAGACGUUCAGACCGAGGCCUGUCCUGGUGAAAAACACCAUGUUGGCAGAUUUAGUGGAGGAACUGAAGAAGACUGGACUCCAAGCUGCUCCAGCUGAUCACUGCUACGCCGGACCUGGAGAUGUGGCCUGUGAUUUCUGCACUGGGAGAAAACUGAAAGCUCUGAAGUCCUGUCUGCAGUGUCUGGUCUCUUACUGUGAGCAGCACCUCCAGCCUCACUAUGAAUCUCCUGCCUUUAAAAAACACAAACUGGUCAAACCCUCCAGGAGGGUUCAGGAGAACGUCUGCAGUUGUCAUGAUGAGGUGAUGAAGAUUUUCUGUCGCACUGAUCAACAGUGUAUCUGUUAUCUCUGCUCCAUGGAUAAACAUAGAGGCCACAACACAGUCUCUGCUGCAGCAGAAAUGACUGAGAAACAGAGAGAGAUUGAGGUGAGUCGAGAAAAAAUCCAGCAGAAAAUCCAGGACAGAGAGAAAGAUGUGACGGUGCUUCAGCAGGAGGUGGAAGCUAUCAAUCGCUCUGCUGAUAAAGCUGUGGAGGACAGUGAGAAGAUCUUUACUGAGCUGAUUCAACUCAUUGAGAAAGGAAGCUCUGAUGUGAAGCAGCAGAUCAGAUCCCAACAAGAAACUGAAGUGAGUCGAGUCAAAGAGCUUCAGGAGAAACUGGGCAAAGAGAUCACUGAGCUGAGGAGGAAAGACACUGAACUGGAGAAACUCUCACACACAGAGGAUCACAUCCAGUUUCUACAGAGUUACAUCUCACUGUCAAUCUUAGUGAAGCUACAGACUCAUCCAGUGUCAAUAUCCCACCUGUGCAGUGCUUUGAUGGUGUGACUACAGUGGUAUCAGAGCUCAGAGAUAAACUACAGGACAGU